CUGUUCAAAGUGGUGUGGUGCUGAAGAGAAACCUCUCCUCUCCUCCCCUCUCCUCUCAGUCAGACAGACAGUCGCUCGCUCGCUCGCUCGGUUGGUCCGCAGACAUCAGCUGGUUCGCCAACGCUGGAUUUCGUUUAUAAGCGCUCAGCACACGAGGAUACAGAAGAAAAACAAGAGCUACCUGCACCGUUUACAUAUCACCUCAAGCCCAUGUGGAAAGGAUUUCCAAUUAGUCUUAAGGAAAUCACUGGAGUCCUCGCAAUCAUAGAUCCAUCAUCAAGGGAAAAGCUCCCAUCAUGGCAACCCCCAGCCUCCAGUCUGCGCUCCUUGACCCCUCGUGUAGAGGGUGUAAUUGCUAAAGGAGGGGUGGUGAGACUUAGACAAGCUUGCCUUUGAAGACAAAAAUCACCCAAACCAUGUAGUGUAGCUUUCUCCAAGGAGGGGGGAGGGUCUACAAUUGAGUCUGAUUUAUUUUUGAAUUAUUUCUGGUUUAUCUCUGGAACAGAUUUGUUCUUGUUUAAAAAGUUUAUGUGGGUGAGGACGAAGUGUGUGAGGUGAGGAGAAAGUGACAGAGAGGAAGAAGAGAGAGAAAGAAGGAAAGAGAUGGUCCUCCACAUCACCCCUUACUCCAGUGCCUGUCUGCACUUCCUGGAUGGCUUAUCAUGGAGCUUGGUGUUUCCCUGCUACUGGCUCCUGGACCGGCUCCUGGCCUCAUGCGUGGCCACCUCGCUGGAGAAGCGCCAGCGCUCCCAGGACCCCUGCUCCUUCCUCACCCUGUGUGUCCUGAUCUCUGCACCCCUUUACCUGCUGCUCCUCCUUGCCUCCCUGCCUUUUGCCCUUUUGGGCUUCAUCAUCUGGGCUCCCCUGCAGGCUGUUCGCCAGCCCUACUUGUACACCUACCGCAGACCAGACAAACACCAGGCUGAGCAGGGCCAGGCAGGGCCAGGGGGCAUAGGUAUUGGGGAAUGGAGGCCACAGGGCAGAAGCUUCUGUUUCUGCAGUGCCAACAUAUGCCUGCUGCCUGACUCCCUGGCCAGGUUCAACAACCUGUCAGACACCCACAGGAGAGCCCGCGAGGUGGGGAAGAGGAUCCGCAAUGGCGCCAGUCGGCCUCAAAUAAAAAUCUACAUUGACUCACCAACCAACACUUCCAUCAGCGCUGCAUCCUUCAGCAGCCUCGCCACAGGUUUCCGUCGCACCUCCUCUCUGGACCAGCGUCCAGACCAAACACACACCACCAACGGCCCAGCAGACACUGAAACCGAACCCCUCACCGAGUGCCCAAUACACCCCUCAGGUGCUGCCGACUGCCCUGUUCAUCCUGCUGCAGGAGACCAGGGCUCCUCUGGAUGCCCCCUUCACCCAGAUGGAGCAGACACCACAGCAGACUGCAACCUCCACCACACAGGGACUAACAACAGCUCAGACUGUCCCAUUCACACCUCAGGGGAGGCUCCAGACUGCCCCAUGCAUUCCACAGGGCCUCAGAGUGCCCCUGGCCAUCAUGACUGUCCCAUGCAUGGUGAAGGGGCCCAGCCAAAAUCCUCCACAGACUGCCCACUUCAUACCUCAGGGGUUCAAAUCAGCAUCAGUGCCCCAGACCCAGACCCCCAGGAGGAGGAGGCCGAAACAGGGAACCAUCGGCCCGGGGACCAGGCAGGAGGAGACACAAGCAGCAUGACUGCCUCUAGGGAAUCCCUUGCUCGUUACCACGGAGGUGACAGCGUUGUAGGGAUAUCCUCCAACAAUACUCUCUCUCACGUUCCUCGCACAUCAAUCUUUAAGCGCCCAGGACGAAAACGCCGCCAUGGAGAUGAGACGUUUGACCAUGAAAUCUCCGCCUUUUUCCCUGCCAACUUGGAUUUCCUGGCCCUACAGGAAGUGUUUGACCAUGGAUCGACGACUAGACUGCGCCGGCAGUUGCAUCGCUACUUUCCCUACGUGCUAAGUGAUGUCGGGAGGUACGGCUGGAAAGGCUGCUGCUCCAGGUUCAAAUUCCUGAACAGUGGGCUGAUGCUGGCUAGCCGCUACCCAAUUCUGGAUGCGCGGUAUGAGUGCUACCCCAAUGGGAGAGGGGAGGAUGCACUGGCAGCCAAGGGGGCGCUGUUUGCCAAGGUUCACGUGGGCACCUCCCAUCAGGAGCAAAGGGUUGUGGGAUAUCUCACGUGUACGCACCUCCACGCCAUAGAAGGUGAUGCGUCUGUGCGAUGCGAACAGCUGGACCUGUUGCUGCGGUGGGGGGCGGAGUUUCGUCACUCCUCAUCCCAACCACCUGAAGGAGAGAAGGUGCUGGAAGACCUGGUGGCUUUUGAUGUCAUCCUGGGAGACCUCAACUUUGACAACUGCUCUUCAGAGGACAAGCUGGAGCAGCAGCAUGCACUUUUUACUCAAUACAAGGACCCAUGUCGCCUGGGGCCAGGGGAGGACAAACCGUGGGCUCUGGGUACUCUGCUGGAUCCCAGUGGCCUUUAUGACGAUGAGGUCAGCUCACCUGAAAGUUUACAAAAAGUGAUGGAGAAUGAGGAGGGGAGGAAGGAGUACUUGGUGUUUCCUCCCAGUAAGAGCCAGUGUCCCGCCAGCAGUCAGAAGGGGAGGAAGAUCCCACUGAAGGGCAACGGCCGCCGGAUUGAUUAUAUCCUCUACAGCGACGAGGGCCUGCAGCAGGACUGGAAACUGGAAAUCGAGGAGUUCAGCUUUGUCACCCAGUUGGCAGGCCUCACUGACCACCUGUCUGUGGCCAUGCGAUUGGCUGUUUCCACUGGGGAGGAGGAGCCUUAGAUUGACCACCUGAGCUUUAAAAUACUGCCAUGGAGGAACGAAAGACAACCAGGAGGAGGAGAAGAGAUUAAGUUUAAGUUUACAGAUAUGAAACUGCUUAAGAGAAGCAGCAUGCAGGUCUGUGUGAGGACUGAAGGGACAGUAAAAUGGACAAAUUAAUUAAUGGAGGAGCGUUAAGAGGAUGAAUGGAUAUAAAGCAGGUAGAUGAGAAUGACUCUUGAGGGGAGAGAUAAUCAGAGGAAUUCAGUUUAGAAAGCUAGAAAGAUAUUCACACACACACACACACACACACACACAUACACACAAGUGAUCAACAUUGUGAUGAAUAUUGCCUGGCCUCUCCAUUCCUCUCCUCCAACACACCCUGUUGAACCGAACUCUGGAGACUUUUAUUUACAGUGAAUUGUUUCAUGUAGCCAAUUUACACACUCUCCUUUUACUGGAUCUGUUUUAGCUGUAGUGUAUGUAUGCUUUUUUAUGAUUCUACCUUCAGGGACAGUUGGAUCCUCAUUCUUUAGUGACUGUGUAAAAAAAAAAAGGAAAACACAUGAUUUAAGUGAUGAGAGUGAGAUAUACAUCUGCUGACUGGCCUUUACGCUGACAGCCUGUGUCCUUGUGUUCUGCACCUUUCUGAAAGGCUAUUGGUCAGUUCUGCUGUCAGUCAUUCACCUUACUACUCCACAUCAGUCCCAGGAACCUCAACAAGUGUCUUUUUUUCUUAAAAAAAAAAAAAAAAAAAAACAGAACAAAAACGAAAACAAACAAAAUCAAAACUGGUCUUUCUAAAAUGAUACAGUUUCUAUUGUCACCACAUUACUUUUUAUAGGAAGUUGAAUGCCUGUUUAAUACUAUAUUGUAUGUUUCUAAAAAGAGGAAUUGUAUAAAGGGAUGAAACUGAAGAAGAAAGUUGUUUGAUGCAAUGCAGUGCUUAUGGCAUGUUUUCAGCCACUAGUGGUGAAAAUUUUGAAAAGUAAAGGACAUUUUUUGGUGUAAUAGUUGGAACUGAGGCUUUGCUGAUGCAUGAUGGAAACGGUACCAGUUUACAACAUUAAUAUAGUGGCUCGAUACACUUGCUUGCUUGAGUCUGGAUGCCUGAUGAGACGAGAAGCAUUUUACCCUGAAACACACACUAACUUGUAUGCCAGUAUAGCAUUUGUGCAUGUGAGACUCCACCCUGCUGAUGAAUCUUAACACAUAUGAAGGCGUGCACAGAAACAUACUGAGGAUUUACUCAAAGCAGAAACACACACAUCAUAUACAGAGGGCGUGCGGGUGAUGUAACAUACCCUCUGGUGGCUGUCUGUAGGAGAGAAGCUACUGUCAGCUUGUUAGAUGACAAACCACUGUAGCCAUCUGGUUAGUUAUCACUGUGUUGUAAGCACAUCUGAUUUGUGCACUAGCUAACAUUUAGCAUGCAGCCCAGUUUUUGGUGUUUGCCCGGCGGAUCACUAUGUUGACAGCCAUGUUGUGACGGCAACUGAAAAACCUCAUAAUACAGAAACGUUGUGAAGACCUGCAGGCUGUACACACCCUGUACAAUAUGCCAAGUAUAUAUAUAUACAGACUCCCAGCAGAACAAGUGCACAAAUACAUGAAGAAGUGUAAUACCAAUCCAACACAACUUAAGAUGUGUUCAGACUGAAACUUUAGAGACAGUGCCAUUGCAUAUUAAUGGCCUGCAAAGAGGAGCGAAUGUCAUUUCACUAUGGGCUCUGCAAAAUGAGGCAAGACGCAUCUGUCCAAGUUAUAAAUGUUUCAACUUAAGUGAAAGGUUUAUAUUUACCCCGAGUCUUUAUGACUCCAACUCAACAAACAGACAGAAAGAGAAGAAGACAGAUCUGUGUGAACGAAACAGGAACAGCAUGAUGUAUGUUGCUGCCCAGCUACAGCUGUUGGUUAUUGGUAGCAAAGACAAAUUCCAUCCAUCUAUCCAUCGUCCACCAGCUAAAUUCACACAAAUAAUGCAAGGUGAAAUUUUACUUCACGUUCAGUCUGAACACACCUUUAGUAAUCUGCUCCUCUCACCUGUCUGUACGUUACAGUACUGAUGUACUGUUUCUGCUACUGGUUGGACAACAACAUACUCUACAGGAUGAUGCACACCAAUUCAGACAUUAUAACCUUUGGAAUAUUUUAACUCACAAUAAUGCUAUUGUAGUAUAGCAUUCACAUUUAACAGCCAUACAGACCAUGGUGUCAAACAGGAGCUGGGACUUUGUGAAGAGCAGCUUUUAGAGACUUGUUUACAGUAAAAAUCCUCCUUGUGUCCCCUGUGGACCUGUUGGCUCUGGUGCUAUGUUGAGUGAUAGGUCAUUUAGAAGAUAAGAAUGUGAAAGCAGGCCUGAACCUAAAUGAUCAGUAACCUUUAGUGAGAUGACGAUUUAGCCAGAUUUAGAUUUAGAACAAAGAAAAACUGGGGUUGUGGGAGUUUUUAGUUAUAAACAAGCUCCUGACAAACAAGUUUACACAGUGAGCCAAUCUGCACCAGAUAAGUCUCUCUGUAUUUCACAGUAUACGUCAACUAGCAAUGAUUGAUUUUCCAGAGCUGAAGAAAGGAGCAAUCUUAACAACUAGGAUGGAGUCCUAGAACACGUCUACGAAAAGUUUCUGAUGCUCAAGAGUUCAGAGGAAGGAUCACAGUCUGAAAAGAAAUCGAUCGAUAGCGAGCUAUAUGUCAUAAGCAUGUGUAUAAUUACUCUCACUGUCAGGGAAGGAAAUGAAAGUUCGUCACUGAAGGUUUGCAGAAGCCACCAGAAACUACUGGUCAUAUCAGACCAAAUAAGAUUGUUGCAGCAAAACCUCUGAGUGAACUGAAAUGACUAAGUGUCUGUUUUAUUACCUAUGAAUUCAGCUUUUGGUUUGUACGACUAAGUUUGUUCUAGUAUUGAAAGAUGAGUUGGUUUUAGUAAAGGUUGCCACCCUGUCACUCAACACUACACAUGCUACAUGUUAGGAAACUCAGUGGUAGACUGUACAGGGAACACAUGAAUCAUGUUGAUGUCAAUGUUGUCAUCAGCCAACAUACGACAACUAUCAAAAUCAUGUUGUGUGAUAGUUUCAGAACCAGUUUGAUUUCCAUGGUCUGCAUGGCGAACAGUGUUUACAACAGUCUGUGACCUGUUUCUUGACAGAGAGGAGCUUUCCGACUGUUGGUUUCAAUGUAGAUGUGUGUGUAAGUUUGGGCAGCUCACGUGUUAUAUUUUUCAGUGUAACACAAAUGUGCUAACCAGUAUUUCAUAGUAUGGAGAGGACAGUAUGAGUCAUAUGACUGUGCCCCUGUGUGAGUGUGUGUGUACAGUAUGUGUGAGUGAAUACAGGAAACAUACUGGUUGUUUUGUUAUGUAUGUUCAACUGUCAUUUUUGCAUACACAGGUCACCUGGCUCUCUGUUUCUCUUUAUGACUCACAUUACUAUGAUCAUUAUGACUAAUAUAUUCUUCUUAUUAUUAGGGUUUUAUCUAAUUCAAGCCUCACCAUAUUUUUUUUUAUUUUUAUGUUGAGUCUGAGUCAGACUCCUUUUAGAAUCACCACUCCUCGGAUUAUGGUGAACUUCAAAGAUCAAAUCCUAUAAUAUGUUGUUUACUUGGUAAAUAGUCAUGUAAAUACACUAUAGGUCAACAGUGAGUCACAGGAGGGUGCCACAGUUUCCCUGAGAAUUCUCUCUUGGGGUAAAUAAGUAAUAGGUCGGGGCAAAGUACAGUGGUAGGAAAUGUAAAAAUUGAUUUGAUAACAUUUUCAACUGUCCUGUUCUGUUACACGACACCUGAAUACUGCCGAACAAUUCAUUAAUAAGUAUGGAGAUCCUUGCUUGGAGAGCAAGCAUCGUGCAGUGCUACACAUUCAUGAUAAAACUACACUUUUGUGUUAUUUUAAAAAGUUGGAAUGUGGAGGUAAUUAAUUUUAGAAUUUGGAGUCUGUUUUGUUUUGCUAACUUUUCUGUGUUUGUACUUUUGCCUUUUUUUUUUUUAAAUCACAAAAAGACUGAAGAAAAUGAUGACAAGGAAGCUGACUGGUUGUAUUUAAAGGCCAGAGGUGAUGGUAUAAAGGCCAAAGUUAGGUUUGUGUGGGUGUUCAUGGUGAGUCUAUGUGGUAAGACUCUGUCCCUGAAUUCACUCAGUUGGGCACACAUUAAAUUAACAACAGGACCAAACCAGAAUUCACCAGAUGGUAGGCAAUCUUGUUAGUAAUUUCUUAGUAUAAAGUAGAUAAACAUCAAUGAGAUUCUUCCAUUAAGGCUGCAUUAAUCAAAAUGUUGAUUUUAAAUCAAAGUCUGCACAGGAUUUCUUCUUUUCUCACUGACUGUAGUGAAGCUGCAGCGUUGCCACUGGUGGUUUGAAGCUGUAUUACAGUAACAGUUUUUCUGACCGACCUGAUGUCAUUAUUUUCCACAUUAGCAGCUGCUGAGGAGACCCCACCCCACCUCCACCCCCCGCAAAUAUAUCUGUACACCAAAGUGACUGAAAUGUCUGAGCUCUAACAUGUAGCCAUUAAGGGCUGUGGUGAAUAUUAGAACAGUCCUGGAUGAGGGCUACGUGUGGUGGUUUUAUGGCAGUCAUCACAGUGUUCACAGAGCUCACUCUGCGUCAGGACAGUGUUGCUAAUGACAAUCAAGCAACCGCAAUUAAGCAGUGAUGGUGUCUGAGUCAUUUCUAAACCAUCACAGCAGCAAGUCCUCCACCCUGAACGACUCCAUAGGACCUAUAGGAGUGUCUCCUGAAGCAGCGCCCCUACAGCAGCAGGCAUACCAUUGUCGUUACUGUAAUAAACACAUAGUCAAACUUAUGGAACGUUGUGUGAUAGGUUUAGGUUCAAAACUACUUGGUCAGGUUUAGGAAAAGAUUAGAGGAGGGCUAAAAGACCUUCAUUGUCAUGACUACAAUAUAAAACAGCAGUUACAGUUAUGGGACAUCAGUUUCAAAUGAGAAAUAAACAGCAACCUCCCAUGUCAAGUUAACUAUGGGUCGUAAUGAAGCUGCCUACUCAGAUGACCUGUGGGGUCAUUUUUCACAGGGGGACAGCCUCUGUCACAGACCCACACUUACCACAGUGACUCUCUGAUGUAAUCACCAUGAACACACACCACACAGUUUCACGCGAAGGAGUCGAGCUGGAGUCGGGUAGUAUCACACCCUAAGCCUGAGCUUUUUCUCGAACCAUUAUCAAAAAAGAAAGAAAGAUUGUCCUGAUGGUCAUGUGAUUUGUUAUUAUGUGAUGAGAAUACAGACACCAAAAUAAUCUGUGUAUCUCCAGUGCUGAAUGCAAACUAUUCAGGAAAAAUUCUGUUGAUUGAUAAUCAGGGUUAAAGAUCAUAGAGACUAAGAAGGAUAAGAAGUUCUCACACAUCUUUACAAUAACAGGUCACUUUUACUUCACUGGAAUGUUUACAAUGCAUUUCACCUAAUAAUCAGACAGGACUCAUGCAUUAUUUUGGUGUCUAAUCUCUAAGGUAAGCUAACAAAUGGGACCUGUUGCUGACACGCUGCUGGAUCUACUGAAAUAUUGUUGGUAUUCUGUAAAAUUUCUGCUCCCCCUCGUGUCCAUCAGGUUCAGGACAGAAUGAAUCCACAGCUGGUCGGUCACAGCAGGUCUGAGUUGAGUGCUAAGCUUUUGUAGCUGCAUGUAUUGUAAUAAUGCUUCAUGCUUGUAGUCUCAGUAGAAGUGAUGCUUUGAUUUUCUAUGAUUUGUCUCUGUUCAUUUCUUUUUUUUUUUCAGUUGAUUUUUGUCUUUGGAUGAGGGGUGUUUCUUGAUGGGCUCGUCUAGCUUGGUCUCUGUAAUGUGGCUAGGGGAUCAAUAGCUUUCCUCUUUCUAAGCUUCUUCAACAAACUGCUUAUUUUCUUCUGCUUUUUUAAAAAACAAAGGAGUUUUCCCUCGCUA